AUGCCGCCGGUGCAGAAGACGGUGGCGGAGCUGCGCUCCCGGGCCGAGGGCUAUGAGAAGACAGAUGAUGUUUCAGAGAAGACCUCACUAGCUGAUCAUGAGGAAGUGAGAGCUAUAUUUAUCAACCAACCACAAUUCUCUAAAUUUUGUAACAACCAUGUCAGCACUGCAAAAUACAACUUAAUCACAUUCCUGCCAAGAUUCCUCUAUUCCCAGUUCAGAAGAGCUGCUAAUGCAUUUUUUCUUUUCAUUGCAUUGCUUCAGCAAAUUCCAGAUGUUUCUCCAACGGGACGAUAUACAACUUUGGUUCCUCUCUUAUUUAUUUUAGCUGUUGCAGCUGUUAAGGAAAUAAUAGAAGACAUUAAAAGGCAUAAAGCUGAUAAUUCAGUGAACAAGAAACAAACACAAGUAAUGAGAAAUGGAGCCUGGGAAAUUGUCCAUUGGGAAAAGGUAGAUGUUGGAGAUAUAGUUUUAAUAAAAGGCACAGAAUAUAUACCUGCUGACACUGUACUUCUCUCAUCAAGUGAACCCCAAGCUAUGUGCUACAUUGAAACAUCAAACUUAGAUGGUGAAACUAAUCUAAAAAUUCGACAGGGUUUGCCAUUAACCUCGGAUAUAAAGGACACUGACAGCUUGGCAAAACUUUCAGGCAGAAUUGAAUGUGAAGGCCCUAACAGACAUCUCUAUGAUUUUGUUGGAAAUAUCAGGCUGGAUGGUCAUAGCACUGCUCCACUGGGACCUGAUCAGAUUCUUCUGCGAGGAGCUCAGCUAAGGAAUACCCAGUGGGUUCAUGGAAUAGUUGUCUAUACAGGACAUGAUACGAAACUCAUGCAGAAUUCAACAAGCCCACCACUGAAACUGUCCAAUGUGGAAAGAAUUACAAAUAUCCAAAUUCUAUUUUUGUUCUGCAUUCUUAUUGCUAUAUCUUUGGUUUGUUCAGUUGGUUCAGCUGUGUGGAAUCUCAAACAUGAGAAGGGAGACUGGUACAUCAGUUUAACUUAUGGAGGCGCUACUAACUUUGGACUGAAUUUCCUGACCUUUAUCAUUCUUUUCAAUAAUCUCAUUCCUAUCAGCUUGCUAGUUACACUGGAAGUGGUAAAAUUUAUCCAAGCGUAUUUCAUAAAUUGGGAUAUCGACAUGCUUUAUGAACCUACGGACACAUCAGCCAUGGCUCGUACAUCCAAUCUCAAUGAAGAACUUGGCCAGGUGAAAUACAUAUUUUCAGACAAGACUGGAACCCUGACAUGCAAUGUAAUGCAGUUUAAGAAGUGUACAAUUGCAGGAAUAGCUUAUGGCCAUUCUCCUGAAUCUGAGGAUUAUGGCUAUUCUUCAGAUGAUUGGCAGAGCUCACAAACCAAAGAUGAAAAGCCAUUUAGCGAUUCAUCAUUACUGGAAAACCUCCAAAAUAAACAUCCCACUGCACCUAUAAUUUGUGAGUUCCUAACAAUGAUGGCAGUAUGUCAUACAGCUGUUCCAGAAAGAGAAGGCGAUAAGAUAAUUUAUCAAGCAGCAUCUCCAGAUGAAGGAGCAUUGGUUAGAGCAGCAAAGCAUCUUAAUUUUGUUUUCACUGGAAGGACGCCAGACUCUGUAAUUAUAAAAUCUCUUGGACAGGAAGAAAAAUAUGAAUUGCUAAAUGUACUAGAAUUUACAAGUGCUAGGAAAAGAAUGUCUGUGAUUGUUCGAACACCUACUGGAAAAUUAAGGCUUUACUGCAAAGGGGCUGACACUGUAAUAUAUGAUCGUCUGGCUGAAAAUUCAAGAUACAAGGAAAUUACUUUGAAACAUUUAGAAUUAUUUGCUACUGAAGGCUUGAGAACACUUUGUUUUGCUGUUGCUGAGAUUUCAGAAAGUGACUACCAAGAAUGGCUACAAGUCUAUCAAAGAGCUGCAGCAUCUGUUCAAAACAGAGCACUAAAACUUGAAGAAAGUUAUGAACUAAUUGAAAAGAAUCUGCUGUUACUUGGAGCUACAGCCAUAGAAGAUAAGUUACAAGACCAAGUGCCUGAAACAAUAGAAACCUUAAUGAAAGCUGAUAUCAAAAUUUGGAUCCUUACUGGAGAUAAGCAAGAGACUGCUAUUAACAUUGGGCAUUCUUGUAAACUCUUGAGAAAAAACAUGGGACUAAUUGUCAUAAAUGAGGGCUCUCUUGAUGCAACAAGGGAGACAUUAAGCCAUCAUUGCAGUACUCUUGGUGAUGCCUUGAGGAAGGAAAAUGAUUUUGCCCUUAUUAUUGAUGGUAAAACAUUGAAGUAUGCCUUGACAUUUGGUGUAAGGCAAUACUUUCUGGAUUUGGCUCUGUCUUGUAAAGCUGUUAUUUGUUGCAGGGUUUCACCUCUUCAGAAAUCUGAAGUUGUAGAAAUGGUUAAAAAACAGGUAAAAGUAGUAACACUGGCAAUUGGCGAUGGAGCAAAUGAUGUUAGUAUGAUACAAACUGCACAUGUUGGUAUCGGUAUUAGUGGAAAUGAAGGGCUACAAGCAGCUAACUCUUCAGACUACUCAAUAGCACAGUUCAAGUACUUGAAGAACUUACUCUUGGUCCACGGUGCCUGGAAUUAUAGCAGAAUUGCUAAAUGCAUCUUAUACUGCUUCUACAAGAAUAUCGUCCUUUAUAUCAUUGAGAUAUGGUUUGCCUUUGUUAAUGGAUUUUCUGGACAAAUACUGUUCGAAAGGUGGUGCAUAGGACUUUACAAUGUGAUGUUUACAGCUAUGCCCCCACUGACACUUGGGAUAUUUGAAAGAUCCUGCCAAAAAGAAAAUAUGCUGAAAUAUCCUGAAUUAUACAAGACUUCUCAGAAUGCCCUGGAUUUCAAUUCAAAGGUUUUCUGGGUUCAUUGUUUAAAUGGCCUUUUCCACUCAGUAAUUCUGUUUUGGUUUCCACUAAAAGCUGUCCAGUCUGAUACAAUAUUUGCAAAUGGCAAAACUUCAGACUACUUGCUUUUGGGAAACAUAGUAUAUACAUUUGUGGUAAUAACUGUGUGUUUAAAAGCUGGAUUGGAGACUUCAUAUUGGACUGUGUUUAGCCAUGUAGCUAUAUGGGGAAGCAUUGCACUGUGGAUAGUAUUUUUUGGAAUCUACUCUUCUUUAUGGCCUCUUAUUCCUAUCGCUCCUGAUAUGUCUGGGGAGGCAGCAAUGCUAUUCAGCUCUGGUGUCUUUUGGAUGGGCUUACUAAGUAUUCCAACGACAGCUUUGAUCUUUGAUGUUGUAUAUAAAGUAGUCAAGAGAACAGCAUUUAAGACACUGGUUGAUGAAGUUCAGGAGCUAGAAGCAAAAUCUCAAGAUCCAGGAGCUGUUGUUCAAGGGAAAAGCUUAACUGAAACAGCCCAGUUGCUAAAAAAUGUCUUUAAGAAAAACCAUGUCAACCUAUACCGCUCUGAGUCUCUGCAACAAAACUUGCUUCAUGGCUAUGCUUUCUCUCAAGACGAAAAUGGGAUUGUAUCACAGUCUGAGGUAAUAAGAGCCUACGAUACUACAAAGCAAAGACCUGAUGAGUGGUGAAAGAGAACAAUGUCACAGAGCGCUAAUAUUUGCCACAAUGAGGCAAAGAAGCAUCUUUACUGGGCUUGGUAACAAGGUCCAGUAAUAGAGAUUAAAAGAAGAUGGCUGUUGUUGGUCUUAUUCCCUGAAGUUUGGAUUCACAUAUUGAGUAAACGUCAGCACUGUGCAAUUAUACUGUAAUACACCAUCUGAAUUCUGCAACAAAUAUUUCUUCGAUUUUGUAAGCAAAAAUUUAAAAUUACCCUCUCUUUCCAGACUGCUUAUUUACAG